GUCGACGUUAAGAGAUUGGAGUGGUACGAUAUGGUCUGAAAAGGGGAGGUUUACCCACCAAUUGCCUAUCGGCAAGCCGUGUGCGAGCAUUCGACGAGACAGCUCGGUUUCGAGUAGGGGAUAGGAUUAAUGAGGGCAGUCAUGAGUAAAAGCGUCAGCAUCAAAAUUAUAUAUGUAGGAGCUGUGGGUGGGCGUUCGACCUUCCUUAAGUCCUUUCCCUUCCAUCUCCCCUUUCUAAGGCUCUCAGCAUUCAUCAUCGGCGUAGCGUGCUCGUCCUAACCACUGGAGUCCACCAUGUUUAAAACACCACACUACGAUUGGUAUGGCAAAGGAUUCAGACUCCGCGCGGCCAUCACUAUUGCUUGUCAACUGGCCUUCGUGCUAUUUGGUUAUGAUCAGGGUGUCUUCAGUGGUAUUGUGGGUAAUCCAGAUUUCCUGGAUACCUUUGGCCAUCCUUCAAGUGGCUUGGAGGGCAUCAUUGUUAGUAUUUAUAAUUUGGGAUGUUUUACUGGAUGCAUACUUGCAUUUUAUUUUUGCGAGAAGACGGGGAGGAGACUGGCUAUGUGGAUUGCCAUGGUGUGGAUUAUUGUCGGCGCCGUCCUUCAAACCACAGCUUUCAGCGUUCCACACAUAAUGGUCGCGCGAUUCAUCACCGGAAUUGGAACGGGAAUAGAGACAUCGACUGUUCCCAUGUAUCAGUCCGAGCUCUGCGAAGCUGAAAAGAGAGGACGCCUCGUAUCAUCCGAGCCUUUGUUCGUCGGUGUCAGCAUUGUAAUAGCCUAUUGGUUUGAUUAUGGCAUGAGCUUUACCACUGGCUCAAUUGCGUGGAGGCUGCCAAUUGCUUGUCAGAUGAUAUUCGCAUUCAUGGUCAUAAUCAUCGUAUUUGGUCUCCCAGAAUCGCCUAGAUACUUAUACAAACAUGGCCGUAGCGAGGAGGCGCUCCAGAUUCUUUGUGAUGUAUACGAUGGCACUCCGGAGAGCCCGAAGAUUGCGAAAGAGAACCGAGAUGUUCUCGAAGCGCUCAAGGUCGAGCAAGAGCAUGGAGAGUACAGGUGGUCGCAGCUUCUCAAACGUGACGAAGUGCAGACAGGAAGACGUGUUUUGCUUGCCUAUGGCAUGCAAUUCAUGAAUCAGAUGGGUGGCAUUAAUCUGGUCGUUUACUACAUCACCUCUGUUCUUCAACUCAAUGUCGGCCUCUCCCGCAACCCUUCACUACUUCUCGGUGGAGUAAUAAAUCUCAUGUUUUUUAUAGGGUCUUUGUAUCCCACCUUCUUCCUUGACCGCAUCGGGAGACGAAAGCCCAUGAUGUGGGGAUCCUUCGGACUUGGUCUCUCAAUGAUGCUUAUCUCCAUCCUCCUAAGCUUCCAAAACCAAGGAGGAAAGUUAGCAAAGGAUACAUCGUCCGCUAGCGUGGCUUUCUUUUUUACCUACAUGCUUAUCUUCGGUGCCACCGCGAAUUGCAUUCCCUGGGUUUACGUCCCCGAAAUCCUGCCAUUGCAUGUCCGCGCCAAAGGCACGGCAGUCGGAAUCAGUUCGAACUGGAUUUGGAACUUCUUUGUUGUGAUGAUUACUCCGACCAUUAUCAACAAUCUUCAAUGGAAAGCUUAUCUCAUCUUUAUGUGCCUAAAUUUUGCGUUUGUUCCUUUAGUGGUAAGCCAUGAUUCCCGACCGUCUCAGCUCUCCCGGCUUUCUCUGAGUUUCAGACAUUGACGCGCAACCAGUUCUUCUGUUACCCUGAAACAUCCAACCUGACUUUGGAAGAGAUCGACUGGCUGUUCCUAGAAAGAAAAGUGGUUCGUAGAAGUCGAAAAGUCGCAAAGGAAGGAUGGGACCGCGAAACUGGUUGGGGGAGCUUUGCUCGACAAGGCGACCCAGGCCCACCUCCCGCCGCUCUGGAAAGUAGCAGUCUCCAGAGCCAAGAGAAGGAUGCAACUGUAGAAAAGCACGAGAAGAAUGGCGUAUCACCAUGAGACCACUGGAGGCGUUCGCACACACAUCUGAUGGGUUG